AAAAAAUAUUAAGAAACCAGAAAAAAAGGCAGCAACGAACUGCACUUAAAAAAUAUUAAGAAGAUAUUCCAAAAUAAAAUUUAAAAUAACAAUUUGUGCGUGUGAAAAAAUCAGCAAAGGCGGCAGUGGUAAAAAAAUUGUUAAAAAAGAAAAUUCAUUAACUUAAAAUAACAGUAAACUUCUUAAGUGCACACCUUAUACAAGUAAACUAAAAUCAAAUAUAAACUCUGCAAACAUUACAAACAACUACAAACAAUAGCACAAAUUCAUAAUCAAACUAAAAAGUAAGUAAAAACCUAAAUUUCACAUAAAAAUAUACUUUGCGAAAACCAGCUGAGUUAUUUAUAAAACAAAAACAAUAAAUUUUGCCAGGUGACAACAUUACUUGACUCAUAAAAAUACAAAAGAUAAAUACAAAUGUGCAACAUCUAAAUCAAAACGCUGCAGCGAUACAUAUUUUUUAAUAGAGAAAUAAAAAUUGAUUUCGAUGAAAAAAUAAAUAUUCUUAAAAAGCUGAAAAAUUGUGCAAAACCAAGUGCGGCCAUUUUCUGCUGCAAACGAAAUCAACUAAAGUAAUCAAUAAAGUAGCAGAAAGAACAUUUUCCACACAGCGCAGAAAACGCCAAACACACAAAAGUUAGAAAAAACACACAAAUAUAAAAUAAACAACAACAACCAAACAAAUAAACCAGCAAAAAAAAAGAGAAAAUUAUUCGGUUGAAAAAAUUGUGCAAAAUAAAAGAGAAAAAUAAUAAAUAAUCAUUAAGUGAGCGCAAAUAAAUCAAAUUUAAUACAAAAACAAAAAAAAAACAACGAUAACUAUACGUUGUUUGUAAAACAAAUCCAGCAAAGUACACUUACGCCAAAAACAAAUAAACAACAACUAAGAGCAAGAGCAAAAAAUCGCUCAUCAACAACAGUGUUAGUGCAGAAAAAAGCGUUCCAUAUGGUUCAUAUUAUUGAAUUGGUCGGCCAGCCGAAGGUUGAGUUUGCUCAACAAGUUACUAUGAACCGUGCUUUACAGCUCAAGCCAGCUGAAAGUGAAAGUCGAAGCGAGCAUUUAGAUCGCAAACUGUUCGUUGGUAUGCUAAGCAAGCAACAAACCGAAGAGGAUGUUAGACAAAUAUUCAGCCCUUUUGGCAGCAUAGAAGAGUGCACCAUAUUGCGUGGUCCGGAAGGCGCCAGCAAAGGUUGUGCUUUCGUCAAAUUUAGUUCGCAACAGGAGGCCCAGUCCGCCAUAACCAAUUUACACGGAAGUCAAACUAUGCCGGGUGCUUCCUCCAGUCUUGUUGUGAAAUUUGCCGAUACUGAGAAGGAGCGACAGAUACGACGUAUGCAACAAAUGGCGGGUCAUAUGAAUUUACUUAAUCCCUUUGUCUUUAAUCAAUUUGGACCAUAUGGAGCUUAUGCGCAGCAACAGCAAGCCGCUUUAAUGGCCGCCGCUGCCACUGCACCCGGCUCAUAUAUGAAUCCGAUGGCCGCGUUGGCAACGCAAAUACCUCAUGGCUUAAAUGGCACCGGUCAGCCAUCGCUGCCCUCACCGACCAUGCCCAAUUUCAAUAUGGGCGCUCAAACGCCAAAUGGACAACCCGCUGCUGCAGCGGCCGCAGCAGCUGCCGCCGCCGCUGAUGGCGUCUUUACGAAUGGCAUUCCGCAGACGGCAUUCCCGGGACAUCCACUCCAUUUAACGAUUCCACCACAAGGUCUGCCAAAUGGUGAUGCUGCCGCCUUACAGCAUGCCUUCACUGGAAUGCCACCAUUUCCAGGAGUUGGAUGUUCGAUUUCGGGGCCGGAGGGUUGUAAUCUAUUCAUAUAUCAUUUGCCGCAAGAAUUCGGCGAUGCGGAAUUGAUGCAGAUGUUCCUGCCAUUUGGUAAUGUGAUCAGUUCAAAGGUCUUCAUUGAUCGCGCUACAAAUCAGAGUAAAUGUUUUGGUUUUGUUUCAUUCGAUAAUCCUGCCAGCGCUCAAGCGGCCAUUCAGGCUAUGAAUGGUUUCCAGAUUGGCAUGAAAAGACUGAAAGUUCAACUGAAGCGGCCAAAGGAUGCCAGCCGACCCUAUUAACAAUCGGAGUUCCUUAAAGCGUUAAACAACAUUAACAAUUACAAACGAUUACUUCUUUUGAAAAUAAUGUUGAAACAGUAAUUCCAAGAGCAACCAAAAAAUAUACACAAAUAUAUA